AUGAGAUGCAUUGAUUGGCGGGUAGGGGUCAGUCUCAGUAAACACCAGCCAAUCAUCUCCAGUUUUGUGUUGAAACAUUCUCAUUAUUUCUUCUUCUCUCCUGCUCAGAUUUUCACCCGAUAUGGGAAAUGCUACACCUUCAACUCAGGGAAGGAUGGGAAGCCCCUCCUCACUACAAUGAAGGGAGGCACAGGGAAUGGCCUGGAAGUGAUGCUGGACAUUCAGCAGGAUGAAUAUCUGCCGGUUUGGGAUAAGACAGAAGAAACGUCCUUUGAGGCCGGUUUGAAGAUUCAGAUCCACACACAGGAUGAGCCCCCAUACAUUCACGAGUUGGGGUUUGGAGUUGCUCCAGGUUUCCAGACAUUUGUGUCCACACAGGAGCAGCGGAUCAUGUAUCUUCCUCCCCCCUGGGGCGACUGCAGGAUGUCGAACAUAAACUCCGGGUUCUUCAGCACCUACAGUAUCACAGCGUGCAGGAUCGAUUGUGAGACUCGCUACCUUGUGGAGAAUUGUAACUGCCGCAUGGUGCACAUGCCGGGGAAUGCUGACGUGUGCACACCAGAACAGUACAAGGACUGUGCUGACCCAGCCUUGGAGUUUCUGGUGGAGAAGGACAGUAAUUACUGUAUGUGUGAGACUCCCUGUAACGUGACACGGUUUGGGAAAGAGAUUUCCAUGGUGAAGAUUCCCAGCAAAGCCUCGGCAAAAUUCCUCGCCAAGAAAUUUAACAAAACAGAGCAAUACAUCAUGGAGAACAUUCUGGUGUUGGACAUUUUCUUUGAGGCUCUGAACUAUGAAACCAUUGAACAGAAGAAGGCCUAUGAAGUCGCAGGAUUACUCGGUGAGUGUUCCUAUGGAAACGGGCUCCAUGAUGAGAGUGUCUUGAGUUUAGCAUCAACGUGUGUCGGGGACAGUGUGGUGAGCCACGGCCUACUGCACUGCAAACAGCUGCUCAAAGUCAACCUGAGCCAGACACGGAUCACCGAUCGAGGCCUGAGGCAUGUCAGCCAGACCAGUGUGAGUCAGCUGAACCUCGAUGGGACAGGAGUCACGCUGCCCGGGAUCAGCAGCCUCAUGGUAUCCUGCCCUGGCAUCACCAGCGUCCGGAUUAACAACCUGCACACACUCUCCCCUGACCACGUCUCUGACGACGAGCUGACACCUGAGGAUUGAUGGGCCGGCCGGAGGAGAGGGGAGGAGGGUUACUGACUUCUCCGCACAAACCUCCCCCAUUGUUCAAUAAAAACGGGUACCGGGAGUGAGGAGCCUCACUCUGUAUCACUCAGAGAAACUAUUUGGGAAGGAACUUCCUCACGUUUAGCCUGAUUUUCAUGCAGUUGCUGCAUUCUGGUUUUGCUCUCCCAUUCCCCUAUCAAAGUCCUCAAUUUUACAUCCAGUCAGAUUCCUGAAGCAGCCCAUCCAUAAAAAGACAACUCCAAAUAUAGAACUAUAUCUAAUCCCAUGCUGCCCCUGUCCUGGGUGUGUUUGACGGGGACAGUGAAGAGGGAGGUUUACUCUCCAUCUAACCCUGUGCUGUCCCUGACCUCAGAGUAUUUGAGGAGAAUGGUGUAGAGGGAGCUUUACUCUGUAUCAAACCUCAUGCUGUCCCUGAGCUCGGAGUGUUAAUGGGGACAGUGUAGAGGGAGCUUUACUCUCUGUCUAACCUCGUGCUGUCUCUCUGAUUGGGAUUCCUGUAAUUGGAAAGUGUUCUGAAUGACACUGGUGGCAGUCCAUAUGCUGCUCCUUCACUGCUCUCCAGCUCUGCACUGUAAGCUUCAUUUCUCUGGUUUCUAGGUUUGCCAUUUUCUGAGUCAUGAGAUAGACUUCUCCUCAUCAGCAGAAAUCAAUGUCUGAGUUAUGCCCCUUCCACCAUCGCCUUUCAUUGGGAGCUCCCAGUUAUGAUUGGGCCGGACUGGAAGGAGAGGUAGUUUUACUCCUAUUGCCACUUUGCCACUAACUGUGCUUUGAUUGAUUUGCUUUUCAAAGAGAAAUGUUUCAUGACUAAAGGCUAACUUGGAA